AUGUAUAGACAACAUGCACCCAAAGAGAUCCAUACACUACAUACAAUCACAAGUGCUUCACUCAGACGACAUACUGAUGACGGGAAGACACUGGGCAGACGACCAUCCCACCACCCCCUAGAAGCUGUGAAAUAUGAACAAAAGGGGCGGGAGACGGGGCAAGGGGACAUAGAGGGGGGAGAGGGGAAAGAGGAAAAAUAAAAAAUAAAAUAAAAAAUAAUAAUAAUAAAAAAAAAAAUACAUCAACAUGAUCCAGAUGCAAUGACCCAGACAUAAUGAGAAGAGGACCCACACUGCACACACCCCGAAGAGAUAUCCUCAAGCCCCUACUUUGACUACACGCAAACUACCCUCACGGUACAUCCCCCCACCCGACACCAGCGACACCGAAAAGGCGCAACAAACAGGCAUAGUGCUGAUAACAUUACAGGCACACACCAAUGGCAUUAGUGAUGACUAUAUAACAACUCUACUACAGUGGACGGACGCUACAACCCCAAACGGAAAUACACUUCUACACAACUAACAGUUCAUACCGACGAUACACAACCCUUCUCAAGUAUCAACUCUACGACUAACACCGCAUAUACCACACAGGCACCAUAGCCUAAACGGAUAAGGGCCCAGACACGCUACCCACCCCUCUCGGUGCGCACGCUUGAUACUACGGAGGCCGACGGGUACACCACCGGGAUAGAUCUCGGGGUGACCUCCGACCAACACCGUAGGCACACGAACUCCCUCUCCACGGAGAGGUUCACCUCCUCACAUUACCACGACACGCACACCACGCCUAUCCUACUCUCCAACAUCCAAAUAAGAAACACACACCCCCAUCACACGAACCAGGCACGGAGCCUAACAUAACCGAAAGGCACCGAGCCUAAGCAGACACAACUCCCCUAGACCACACAGGAGCAAAUACCAACACCCCCCGAACGCCAGCCACCUCACACGUGACCGCAGUCCAGCAACCCACCUGAACGUCCCACCCCCCCCUGCGCUCCUGACCCGGCCGUCGCGUCCGCCUCGACCCAACCACCAGAGGGCGCAGAGGCGCAGAACCACAUCAAAACCCAGGAAUUAAGCCACGGGAUCGGGCUUCCUCGGUCGACUCCCGUGUCCAUAAGAGAGCGGGACAUGGACGAGGGACCCCGGUACCCGACAAGACACCACCAUUGCGCAGAGAUGCGGACAAGAUGGCAUACAGACCAGAUCCACUGAAAAUCAUCACGCAAAACUGCAGGAGAUUGAAUCUCCCAGAACGCAGAACUAAUCUUUUGAGGGAACUCCAGAGAGAGAGGGUUGCAAUAGCUCUUCUCCAAGAAACUCACUUUCGAGAAGGAGCGGCCCCGACACUCAAGAACAAACACUACCCCACUAACUACUACGGCAACCACCCUACAGCGAAAAAGGCAGGGGUCGCGAUCCUUAUAGCAGCUCGUCUACAAUUCCAGGAACAGGAUCGCCUUAUAGACCACAACGGCAGAUACGCCUUCGUCAAGGGGAAUAUCGCAGGGCGAUGUUACACGUUCGCGACAAUAUACGUCCCCAACAAUCAAUCUAGAUUCCUCAAGAACACACUGAAGGCACUAACAGACUUCACGGAAGGAACCUUGAUCGCGGGAGGAGACUUCAAUGUCACACUAGAUCCUAAAGUAGACUCCUCAACGGGACACAGCAGCAUCCUACAGAGAGAAAUAAGAACCAUACACCAUACUCUGAAAACGCUACGCCUGGUAGACUGCUGGCGAACACUAAAUCCACUAGACAGAGAAUACACUCACUAUUCCACAAUACACAAAAGAUACUCCAGGAUAGACUUCCUACUAUUGCAACAAGAAGCUCUAAUAAGACUUAGGAGAGCAUCCAUACACGCUGCAACGUGGUCGGAUCACGGACAAGUGUCGAUGGACCUCGAAUCUCCACUCAUAAGACCGACGAAAACGACGUGGAGACUCAACGACUCCCUCUUAACCGACCUCCCACUGAGGGCCCAAGUCACCGACACUCUACAGACAUACUUUACCGAGAAUGAGACGAGAGACGUAUCUGAUAUGACAGUAUGGGAGGCACACAAAAGUGUACUCCGGGGCAAGCUUAUCCAAAUCGCGUCACAACGGAAAAGAGAGGCGGGCGCACUUAUGUCAAACAUCCUUGACCGGAUCCGCUCCCUGGAAACACAAAACAAACGUCAACAGGUGGAAGAUACCUACAAAGAACUAUUAGAGGAAAGAAGGAGACUACACGCACCGCUACUCAAGAGACACCUGAGACAACUCCGUAGAUCUAAAGGCUUCUUCUACCUCCACGCAAACAAAGGAGGCAAACUCCUCGCACAAAUGCUCAGAGGACAACAACACCCCUCUCAAGUCCACAAAUUAAAAACACGCGACGGCACUACUACCCAACACCCGGAGAAAAUCGCCAAGGAAUUUCUCACCUACUACUCCUCGCUCUACAAUACACAUUCACAAAGCGACGAAGAAGGCAGACGAAUCAAACGAGACCGCAUGGAAUGCUUCCUGAGAGAACAUCUACACACGACGGUGACGGCCGAAGACGCAGAAACCAUCGACCGACCGAUCACCGAAGACGACAUUAAGACAGCUAUCAAAACGACGAAGACAGGACGCGCAACCGGACCCGACGGACUUACGCUGGACUACUACAAACGCUUCCAAGAUAUACUAGCCCCCAAACUCACAAAGGCGCUCAAUGCCAUCACUGAGGGACAUACAUUCCACGCCGAAUCACUAUCGGCCACAAUUACAGUAAUCCCAAAACCAGGAAAGGACCCGGAAACCUGCGGCAGCUACAGACCCAUCUCCCUCUUAAACGUGGACACAAAACUCUUCACCAAAAUAGUAGCCACCCGACUUAGCAACCUAAUGCCAACACUCGUGCACCCUGAUCAAACGGGGUUCAUACCGGAACGGGAGGCUCGAGAUAGCACUCUGAGAAUUCUCGCUAUACAACAUCUAGCAAGACAACAUGGAACGCCACUCCUGCUACUCUCCACGGACGCCGAAAAGGCGUUCGACCGAGUUGACUGGGCAUUCUUGAAAACGACGAUACGUCUACUGGGGUUUAACGACAACAUACAGAAAUGGAUCGGAACGAUAUACAGCACCCCGAUGGCAGCAGUGGAUGUUAACGGAGCCCUGACGGAGUUCUUCCCGAUUCGCAAUGGUACGAGGCAGGGGUGCCCCUUGUCCCCGUUAUUGUUCGCAUUAACAUUGGAACCCCUACUGGAAGCAAUCCGACGAAAUAUUAACAUCAUGGGCUACACCUGUACAACCGCCACACACAAAGUAGCCGCAUACGCGGAUGACAUGUUGUUCUUCAUUACACGUCCAAGACUCACCCUACCAUGCCUAAUGGAAGAAUUCGAAAAAUACGGACACCUCUCGGGCCUCAAACUUAACUUAAGCAAAUGCGAACUGCUCAACAUCACGGACCCACUGGGGGAACACAGGGAUAUGGCCUCGACCUUCUCGUUCCGAUGGUGCCAUACCCAAAUGAAAUACCUGAGGAUCUGGGUGAUGGCUGACCCCAACGCCAUCUACCAGAAAAACUUCCUCCCACUCCUCACACGCAUUCAACAAGACCUCCGAACCUGGAGUUACCCACACAUCUCCUGGUUCGGCCACAUAGCGGUCAUCAAAAUGAAUAUACUACCCAGACUACUAUAUUUAUUCCAUACGAUCCCAGUGGCAUUACCGACGACCUUUUUCGCGACACUGAAAACCGCAUUCCUGACCUACGUCUGGAGAGGAUGCAGACCUCGACUAAGAUAUGAAAUCUUAUGCAAGACCAGGAGUCAGGGCGGAUUGGCACUCCCAGACCUACGCAAAUACCAUUAAGCGACAGCCCUACAACGGAUACUGGAAUGGCACACUAACCCGAGAUGCAAACAAUGGGUGGCCUUGGACAAAGAAUCAUGCAGCCCAUCCAUUUUUGCAUCCCUGUGGAAUCAGAAGACGCCACGGCGUAAUGUCCCCGGCGCAACCUCGCCGGCGAGUCGCACCCUCCACAUAUGGUCAACAAUGAGGAACGCAACGAUCAUCUCCCCAACACCCAGCCCGAUGACCACGCUAACACACAACCAAGCAGUGGGGGGAGGACUACCGAUCAAGGCCUGGGACUUUCUGGAGGGAAGGGACUUCAUACCACUCCACAAAACACUAACCGCCACUGGACUGACCCCCCUGGAACGCCUAAUGGAAGGCCCGCCAGCUCCCAUGCACAAAUUCAGAUACUCCCAGCUGACGCAUUUCUACCACACCCUACCGAACAAACAAGAGGUACACAGAACCCUCACGUGGUUUGAGGACAUCUGCGACAAACAAACACAGACUCAGAAACCAACGUCGACGCUCUACCAAUACCUAAUCACAGAUGAGCAGCAAGCAACUCGACGGUAUAAGGAAAAAUGGGAAAGCAUCACCGACAAAGUUUUCACCGACGCACAAUGGGACAAAAUUCUCAUCCUUCAUCACAAAUCUACGAUUGGCUCAAAAUACCAAGAAAUGAACUAUAAGCUAUUGACAUUCUGGUACAGAACCCCAGACCUGCUCCACAGAAUAUUCCCCAACACUUCGGCGACCUGUUGGAGAUGUGAAGCAGAUAUUGGAACACUAAAACAUAUCUGGUGGGACUGCCCCAACAUUAAACCGUUUUGGAACCAGAUUACGUCCCGCAUCAAAGAGGUACUAGGGAACACAACACAAUUGUCAAUAGACAACACUCUCCUACAUCAUACUAAAGACCCGAUCUCAAAAUACAAACGAUCCAUCCUACGACACCUUCUCGACGCGGCCAAGGCUCUAAUCCCUGCCCUAUGGAAAACGACAAACGCCCCCACAAUGGAACAAUGGCUAAACAGGGUAGAAGAGAUCAGAUUCGCAGAAGAAAUGCAUGCGACUUUACGAGACACCCUCACGAAACACGUUGACAAGUGGCAACCUUGGAUAAUAUACGUGGCGAGAUGGGAUGGGGAGGACGCGGCGGCUGGGGAAGGGAGUUAAGGGGGCCUCCACUCAUCCCUCCCCCUAACAAGCCACACACACUACACGCAAUACAACCACAACGCUCACAGGACCAACACACUGACAACACACAAUCACCCCAUGAACGCAACCAAUGAGGGCACAGGACGUAGCAGCAUACGAUACUGGCAACAACCUACCAAUCCCGAAAAACAACAACAUACAGACCUCUCACUGAACCCAAGCCGACACCACCGACUCACGCACCAAUACCCAAGAUAGAGCUGAACAACAGGAGACCCCCGAGCGAACCUCACACACUAUCACCCUAG